UGCACAUUCACUUCCAGCACUUAAGAAAUGAAGAUCAUUCUUUUGAAAAUCAUAUUAAAUUGAGGAGAACAUUGUAUUUCCUUCUGCCAUAUAGAAUUCUUGAAGUUUGAACUUUGUGAAAAUUUCCCCCCUUUUAUUUCCUUCCUUUUUUUUAACUCAUGUAAGUGGUUGUUUGGUUUCACUACAAAUAAUCAUUUUUUUGCUUUAUAAGACAAAACUCUUUUCACAUAUUUAUCUCGUGCAGUACAAUAUCACUUAAGAUAAGUUGAUACAAACUGAUACCAAAUCUUAGACAUUUGGAUUAUCAUGUUUCGGUUAGAUGCCAUGGAUUAUCAUGUUGCUAACUCUGGCCAAUUAUAGUUUUGUUACUUACUAUCAUAACAAACUUCAAACCUCAAAUAGUCUGUCGUUUUUGUUUUGUCGUUUAUUCUAUCAUUUUCCUGUUGUUAGAUCUGGCAGGUUAUAGCUUCGUUAAACUCAAUCAUAUCAAGCUUCAAAUCUGAAAUAUACUUUGUCUGUCAUAUUUUCGUCAGCAUUUAUUUGAUCAUUUUUUUUAACUCUGGCAAAUUAUACCUUGGAUACUUACAAUCAUGGCAAACUGAAAACCUUGUGUUGUCAAUUUUUUUUUCUGGUCAUCUAUUUUAUCAUUAUUUUGCAUGAUUAAUCUUAACUGUUCCUUUCCCUUUUUUCCUUUUUGUUACUUUUACUUUUUGGGGUUCUUCAUUGGCUCAUAGGAUGCAAAUGGAAAUGCCGUAGAGAAAAAGCCUACAGUGUUUUUGUGUUAGAGUACCCGAACGCGAACGCAUUAUCCGCUAGACGCUGAAACAUCACAGAGCAAUUCCAAGCUGACAUCCUCUGACAUUAGCCAUUGCCACCCCCGAAAUGAGAGCCUCUUCAACUCUCUUUCUCAAAGGGCAAACUCCUUACUUUGCUACACUCAUCGGAAGCUCCAAAUAUUACAAAGGAAUACUCCAUGUCAAGAAGCAUCCAAUCAUCCACUUCUGUAAGAACAUACAAACUAGCUCAUAUGAAGUUGCUAAUGGAAGCUAUGUUCCCACUUUGCAGAUCGAAGACAAGAAUAACAAAGAAAAACAAUUUAGAAAAUUAGAAGCCAUAGGAGCAUUUCAAAAGCUGCCCAUGGUGAUGCCAUCUAUUGACGUUCUUGGUUCAGCACUAAGGAAGGCAAGAAGAGUUUCUCCAACAAAAGGCAUCGUUAACACUGCAAAAAGGGAGAAGAACAAGGGUGCAAAGCAACUUGAUGCAUUGAUGAAAGAACUGGCUGUUCCUUUGAGGACUUAUGUGGAGAAAUUUCCAAAGAAAACAUAUCUUCAUCCCUAUGAAAGGUCUCUCAUUGAAUUGACUCUUGGAGAUGGAUAUUAUGAAAUGGUCUUGGGAAAUGUAGAUGCUUUAAGGAAGAAGUUGGUAUCUGUUGGAAAGGAACAUGCUUCACUUUGUGCUAAGUCUUCAUCAAAGAGAGAAGCAGAAGAGAGACUGAAUCAGGGCAUUCAAAGAGUUGAAGAUAUAUUUGCCCAAGAAGGGAAAGUUGUUGAUGAUUUGUUGGGCAUUGCUAAGACUUUAAGAGCGAUGCCUGUAAUUAACUUGGAAACACCUACGCUCUGCCUUGUUGGAGCUCCUAAUGUAGGCAAAUCUUCUUUGGUUCGUGUACUCUCUACUGGAAAGCCUGAGGUUUGCAAUUAUCCCUUCACAACUAGAGGGAUUCUUAUAGGUCAUAUUGUUCUGAACUAUCAGAAGUUCCAGGUUACAGAUACACCAGGCCUACUGAAGAGACAAUAUGAGGACAGGAACAAUUUAGAAAAGUUGACACUCGCUGCCCUUUCACAUUUACCAACUGCAAUUUUAUAUGUUCAUGACCUUUCUGGAGAGUGUGGCACUUCACCUGCUGAUCAGUUCACCAUAUACAAAGAAAUAAGGGAAAAUUUUACUGAACACUUGUGGCUUGAUGUUGUAUCCAAAUCUGAUUUGUUGGAGAAGGCUCCAGUAAUCUAUGCUACAGAAGAUGCAGAUCCUGAACAAGUUGAGCUGUUGAAGUACCGGAAAUCAGGACCCGAUGGAGCUCUUUGUGUCUCUGUGAAAACAGAACAAGGACUUCAUGAGCUGAAAUGUAGAGUUUAUGAGCUGCUUAAUUUGCAGAUGGCUAAGAUCAAUGAUAGAAUCAAGAAUCAAGAAAAGUGAAAGGUUUAAUUUUUGGAGGACACCAAAUUUAUGAAGUAACAUCACAGUCAAAAUGCAAUCCUCAGUUCCAUGGUGUAUUAACGUGGGCUUGCUCUCUGGUUGGUGAUAUGGCCGACAGUGGUUAACAAUUAAGCAUAAGAUGGUGAAUCUUGAGAUUCUGCUGCAACAUGGCUGCUUAACAGCACUGAUUUGAGUUAUGAAGAAAUCUUAAUGCAUUAGAAACCCUGGAAGAAACUAUAUAAACUAAAUCUUUUUUGACCCUCAAGCUUUACGAUCCAUCUUUGGCAUAACAAUUCAUUGAUACUUGUAUGUAAAUUUGGUGUAAUUAAAUCCAUUGUUACAAAUAAUUAAAUUUUUCUUUCAUGUUUU